GGCCGUCUCGCAGGCUGCGGCGGCCGCGGGAGAGGCGUACACGGCGGCGGCGGAGCGGGCGGCAGAGCAGGGCGGCGGCGACUCGCAGGGUACCACCAUCUUAAGGACAGAAAAGCUACAGACUCUAGGAGGCCACCGUCCUGAUUUGGGAAGUCCAACUUACUUUGGCCAGACAGCAGCUAAGCUGGUUCAUCCCAUCAGCCUGGAUUGGUGAAACUUAAUCACAGGAGAUAUUUCCAGGUUUGCUGGGAUGGGAAACCUGCUCAAAGUCCUUACCAGGGAAAUUGAAAACUAUCCACACUUUUUCCUGGAUUUUGAAAAUGCUCAGCCUACAGAAGGAGAGAGAGAAAUCUGGAACCAGAUCAGCGCCGUCCUUCAGGAUUCUGAGAGCAUCCUUGCAGACCUGCAGGCUUACAAAGGCGCAGGCCCAGAGAUCCGAGAUGCAAUUCAAAAUCCCAAUGACAUUCAGCUUCAAGAAAAAGCUUGGAAUGCGGUGUGCCCUCUUGUUGUGAGGCUAAAGAGAUUUUACGAGUUUUCCAUUAGACUAGAAAAAGCUCUUCAGAGUUUAUUGGAAUCUCUGACUUGUCCACCCUACACACCAACCCAACACCUGGAAAGGGAACAGGCCCUGGCAAAGGAGUUUGCCGAAAUUUUACAUUUUACCCUUCGAUUCGAUGAGCUGAAGAUGAGGAACCCAGCUAUUCAGAAUGACUUCAGCUACUACAGAAGAACAAUCAGUCGCAACCGCAUCAACAACAUGCACCUAGACAUUGAGAAUGAAGUCAAUAACGAGAUGGCCAAUCGAAUGUCCCUCUUCUAUGCAGAAGCCACACCAAUGCUGAAAACACUUAGCAAUGCCACAAUGCACUUUGUCUCUGAAAACAAAACUCUGCCAAUAGAGAACACCACAGACUGCCUCAGCACAAUGACAAGUGUCUGUAAAGUCAUGCUGGAAACUCCGGAGUACAGAAGUAGGUUUACGAGUGAAGAGACCCUGAUGUUCUGCAUGAGGGUGAUGGUGGGAGUCAUCAUCCUCUAUGACCAUGUCCACCCUGUGGGAGCUUUCUGCAAGACAUCCAAGAUCGAUAUGAAAGGCUGCAUAAAAGUUUUGAAGGAGCAGGCCCCAGACAGUGUGGAGGGGCUGCUAAAUGCCCUCAGGUUCACUACAAAGCACUUGAACGAUGAAUCAACUUCGAAACAGAUUCGAGCAAUGCUUCAGUAGAGCUCUGCUCAAAGAAGAGGAUCUAUGUGCUGACCUCAGAAGAUGUAUAUGUUUACAUAAUUUAAUACAGAUUGAUGUUAAUACUUGUGUAUUUACAUAACCGUUUCCUUCUUGUCACUGAAAUAUAUGGACCUUAAUUUGUAUCCU